GUAAGCGAGUUGGAUUCACAAAUUAUAGACAAAUAAAUGAUUAAGUAAUGAUACUGUAAACAGGGGAAUGUGAAAACAGCGAUAACAAUUAUUUUAUCCGAGAGUGGACGUUUAAUCUCAGUGUUAGUGUAGUGUUGUUAUACUGACAACGUGCGAUACGCGUGUUUUUUUUUGUGCCUGUUGCAUAUUAUCAUGACACUAGACUUUUAUGAAACAUAAUUUGAUUUUAUUAAUAAUUACAACUGUCUCCUAUCCAAAAAUAUACAGAGGUCGGCAAAUAUGACACCAAUUAAUGAGGAGGGUUCGGAGCCUCCACGUAUUGUAGUGCUAGAUGGUGGCUUUUCUACACAGUUAUCAUGUCACGUGGGCCAUGUAAUAGAUGGCGACCCCCUGUGGAGCGCCCGAUUCCUGCACACACACCCUGACGAAGUUGUAAAUGCACAUCUUGAUUUUCUACGAGCUGGGGCUCAUUUGAUUAUCACAAAUACAUAUCAGGCUUCAGUCGACGGCUUUGUGGAACAUCUGGGAGUCACGCCUGAGCUGGGAUAUGAAUUAAUCAAGCGUGCUGUACAAUUAGCAAAAAAAGCAAGAGAUUUAUACCUAGAAGAAUAUGAAGAUUACAUACAAUCUGAUCACGCCCCGCUAGUGGUGGGAUCCGUAGGACCGUAUGGUGCUCAUCUUCAUGAUGGAUCCGAGUACGACGGCAGUUAUGCGGACACGACACCCGUACAGACUAUGCGUGAAUGGCACAGGCCGCGCAUCCAGGCUCUCGUUGAAGGUGGAGUGGAUUUAUUGGCGCUUGAAACAAUUCCGUGUCAAGAAGAGGCUGAAAUGCUCUGCGACCUGUUGCGUGAAUUUCCUGGCAUUAAAGCGUGGCUUGCAUUUAGCUGUAAGGAUAAUCAAAGCAUCGCCCACGGCGAGAGUUUUCAGAAAGUCGCAAAGAAAUGUUGGAAUCUGAAUCCAGAACAACUCGUAGCGGUCGGCGUAAACUGUUGUGCUCCUUCAUUGGUUUCUAAUUUGUUAAAGGGAAUUAACGACGAUCGGACACAUGAUCCUAUUCCAUUAAUCGUUUAUCCGAAUUCUGGUGAAACCUACAAUCCUAAAAUAGGUUGGAUUGACAGAGAUAAAUGUGAGCCAGUGGAGGUGUAUAUACAAGAAUGGCUGGAUCUAGGAGUUCGGUACGUAGGCGGCUGCUGUAGGACCUACGCUGCAGAUGUUUCCAGAAUACGUAAUCAAGUACACUGCUGGCGCGAUCGCUGGCGCUUCCAGCAUAAAUACCAAGACGACGUACGGAAAAACCAAAGCUCUAACUAAAUGAUCUCCU